AUGAGAUUCUUAUGUCUGCACGGCUACGCUACCGACAGCGCCACUCUUGAGCACCAGCUGGGGCCACUGCUUGCCAACUUACCCAGCGACUGGCAAUAUGACUUCGUUGAAGCAACUUCUCAGCCCUCUCCCCUUAUAUUGGGUUCUCUAGACGGCAUUCCAAGUUCGGCUCGCUGCUGGUACAACCUUCCUACACCCGAUGCGCUUCAAAACGCACGAGAUGACCUGUUGAGGCACAUAGACGCAGAGGGGCCGUAUGAAGGCAUCAUAGGCUUUUCUCAGGGUGGCAUGAUGGCCGUCUCUCUACUGUUGUGGGACAGCGCUCUUCCCGAUGGACCAACUCUACCAUUCAAAAUGGUCAUACUCAUCUCUGCCUUCCAGAGCCACAGCUUACAUUCGGGGGUGUUGGAGUGGUCCAAGAACGACGGAGAUUGGGAGGGGAAGAAGGUCUUGGGUGGAGAGCAUCCCGUCACCACUCGUAGCGGCUGGAAGUCUGAUCCACGCUCGCGUUUUGACUAUCACCUUCUCGCAGGCGCCAUGGAGCCGAUUCCAUCCCCUGUGGAAUUUCUCCUCAAGUACCACCCUGACUACGACACAUGCCGUCUUGCAAUCCCAGUAGUUCAUGUUCGAGGCGCGAAGGAGCCGAACCAGAUCAUGUUUCAGGACGCCAUCCAGAUGUUUGGCUCUGAAGACAAUGAGAUUCUGACGCAUUCUGGAGGACAUCACUUCCCCAAGGAGGCUGGUGAGCUUGCCGAGUUUGCCGAGAAGAUUAUGAAGGUUGCAAUGGGGGUAAACACCCUGUAUUAA